AAAUAUCCUAUCUGACGCUCUCUGUCUCCGCCUUAAACCCUCCCUCAGUGAGGGCUUUAAACCCUACACCGCUUCGCUCACUUUCUCUCGCCGCAGCCGCAACUGAAACCCUUCCGGCGGCGAAUUUGCCAUUUACAACAUCACUCGUGAAUUCUCCACUUCCAGUUACCGGUAAACCUGGGAGUUCCCGGAAUUUCACUCUCACAUUCCACCAUAGCAUGCCAGUCAAGCUCCUGCCCCACCUCCAUCUCCUCCAGCAUUCCCUUCCCAUGGGCCGUUUCUCCACCAUGAAACUCGACCCGACCCUCAAAUUAUCCUCCCAUGUUGUCUCCGUCUUCCCUCGGGUCUUCCCUCACAGGCUCAAGUACCAAUCUCUGGUCUCCAGAAAACUUGGGUUUCCAACACUGCCAACCCAACUUCGUCGAUUUUCUAGCCGUUCGGGUCGACUCAGACCCGAGGCUAGGGCUCCCAAGAGCCUUAUUGAGGACGAGGCUGAACUCAGUGACUGGGUGAGUGGGUUGAGGUCGGACUCGUUCCGGACUCGCUUGUACAGUGACAGCGACAAGGAAGAUGACCGUGCAUCGAGUGGAGAUAGGGCUAGGUAUAGGGAUAGGGUUUCAUUGGCAAAAAGGCGAAGAGAGAGCGAUUCAGAUGACUACCAAAUGUCGAGUAGGCGAAGAGGUAAGGGUUCAUUCGAGUCUUUGUCGAAGAAUUCGAGACCGAAAUCACAGGUCGAUGGUCGGAGAAGUGGUGGAUUGAAGAGAGACGGAAAAAGCUCCCGACGAGUAGGUUUUCUUGCCUCCGACAAGGAAAUUGGCGAUGAAGAUAAGGAUGAGGGAGACCGGCCAAUAAAGAGCUUUAGAGAUUUGAUGAGUGAAGACGAUAGUGAAGAAGAAGAAGAUGAUGAUGAUGUCGAUAUGCGCAAUGGUGCCGGCUCUUUGUUUGGCGAAAAGAAAGAAAUGACUCCACGAGCAGUGUCUAAUUCACCAAGAAGUGAAUCAUACUUGAGCGAGACUAGGUUUGAUCAAUGUUCAAUAUCUCCCUUGUCCUUAAAGGGAAUUAAAGAUGCUGGUUACGAGAAAAUGACUGUGGUGCAAGAGGCAACACUUCCUAUCAUUCUCAAAGGUAAGGAUGUUCUCGCGAAGGCAAAAACUGGGACUGGAAAAACUGUAGCAUUUUUGCUUCCAUCAAUUGAAGUAGUUGUGAAAUCACCUCCUGUUGAACGAGAUUUCAAGCGGCCCCCAAUUCUCGUGCUUGUAAUAUGCCCAACUCGAGAGCUUGCUAGUCAAGCUGCUGCAGAGGCUAACACCUUGUUGAAGUAUCAUCCCUCCAUUGGUGUCCAAGUUGUAAUAGGGGGUACAAGACUUGCUCUAGAACAGAAACGCAUGCAAGCAAAUCCUUGCCAGAUUCUUGUAGCUACACCUGGAAGACUCAGAGAUCACCUCGAGAAUACUGCUGGAUUUGCAACUCGGCUCAUGGGUGUGAAAGUCCUUGUGCUCGAUGAAGCUGAUCAUUUGCUAGACAUGGGAUUCCGCAAAGAUAUUGAGAGGAUUAUUUCUGCUGUACCAAAACAGCGACAAACGCUUCUAUUUUCAGCUACUGUUCCUCAAGAGGUCCGUCAAAUCUGCCAUAUAGCUUUGAGAAGAGAUCACGAGUUUGUUGAUACAGUUGGAGAAGGUAGUGAGGAGACACACUCACAGGUCAGGCAGAUGCAUCUAGUUGCUCCAUUGGAUAAACAUUUCUCACUGUUGUAUGUUCUACUGAAAGAGCAUAUCUCAGAUGAUGUUGAUUACAAGGUUCUUGUAUUCUGCACAACAGCAAUGGUAACAAGACUUGUUGCUGACCUCCUUGGUGAGCUUAAUCUGAAUGUUCGGGAGAUCCAUUCUAGAAAGCCACAGAAUUAUAGAACCAGGGUCUCUGAUGAAUUCCGGAAGUCAAAGGGACUUAUUCUUGUAACUUCUGAUGUUUCUGCACGUGGUGUUGAUUAUCCAGAUGUUACCCUUGUUAUACAGGUUGGCUUGCCAGCUGACAGAGAGCAGUAUAUACAUCGACUUGGUAGAACUGGUCGUAAAGGUAAGGAAGGGCAGGGCAUAUUGUUAUUGGCACCUUGGGAGGAAUUCUUCCUGUCUUCUGUCAAGGCUUUGCCAAUUACUAAAGCCCCAGCUCCAGUGGUUGAUCCAGAGACAAAGAAAAAGGUGGAACGGGCUCUAUCCCAUGUAGAGAUGAAAAACAAAGAGGCGGCGUACCAGGCAUGGCUUGGUUAUUACAACUCCAAUAAGACGGUGGGGCGGGACAAGUACAGACUAGUGGAGCUUGCGAAUGAAUUCAGCCGAAGCAUGGGACUUGACAACCCCCCAGCAAUUCCCAAGAUUGUGCUUGGUAAAAUGGGCCUUAGAAACAUUCCCGGUCUGCGUUCAAAAUAGAAGAAGAAGAAGAAGAAGAAGAAGAAGAAGAAGAUUUGUUGCUGCUGUUCUGCCUGCUGCCUAACAAUCGGGACCUAUUAUAGACGGGUGAUAUUAAUUGAGCAUCAAGUGGUGGUGUGUUUUUUCAUUUCUUUGGAGAUCUGACUGAGGGAGCUCAUGUUCAGAGCUGUGGAUGUAAAAGGGGCAGAGAGAGCAUAAGUUUCAAUUGUAUAAAUUGAAUUAUCAAUUGGGUGGCUAGAGGGGGGGACAAAUUUUGAGAGAAUGAAUUGGAGUCUUGGUUUUGUUUUGUUUUGUAUUCAGGUGACGUGAUGGAUUUUAAUUUACAA